AUGACCACUGGAACUCGCCGGACGUCUUCAAUUCGGCGUUCAGGUACCCCAAAACGCAAUGCGCAGGCGGCUGAGCGAAAAUUGAGCCCCGAGGAGCUCUACAACCUCACGGUGGAAAAGAAAUUUUCCCCCGAGAAGGACACCUGGGAUGGCCACUUUGAAUUUUGUGGGCCUUGGGCCGUCUUUCUCAUCAUGUUGGCAUCCCAUACGCUGAUAUAUUACUUUAUGGUUUGUAUAAUGAAGUUUCAGGGCACCAUGAUCUACCCCGGCCAUCCACUACUAGAGGGGAAGAGCAUGUUCAGCGUUUUUUGGGAGUAUCUGCGUGUGCAUGCGGCACCGACGUGGGAUACUUUUGGCAUCUUUACAGGUUUUUUGAUUCUGGAGUACAUCUUGGCUGUUAUUCUUCCCGGUGUGGAGGUCAAGGGGCUUCCCAUUCCAAGCGAAGGUGGUUACCGCUAUGUUUACAGGUGCAAUGCCGUCCAUGCGUGGUAUUGUAUGGUGGUCAUUGUAGGCGUAUUACAUUUCACUGAAGUCUUCCCUCUGUGGAGGGUGCACGAGGAAUAUGGACGUUACUUAACCGCCGCUACUAUUUGGGCGGACGUCCUCUCGGUUUGGGUCUACAUUGCUGGCCUUCGUCGAAGAAUUCGUAUGUCAAACAAUAUCGUAUAUGACUUCUUCAUGGGAUCAGGCCUCAACUUUCGUCUUCCCGGUGACGUGGACGUUAAGCUUUUUGCAGAAUGCCGCAAUUCCUGGGUACUGUUGGUGAUUAUUACCCUAAGUAAUGCCGCCGCGAUGCACCGAGAGCUUGGCUACAUUACAGGAAAUAUGUGUUUCCUUGUUUUAGCACAGCUCUUGUACGUGAAUGCGAUUCAAAAGGGCGAAGAAUGUAUUAUCAGUACUUGGGACGUAUUUUACGAGAAAUUUGGAUGGAUGUUGGCGUACUGGAAUACGUGCGGGGUGCCGUUUUUGUAUUCCAUCCAGUCCUUAUACAUCCAGGCAGUUCUAAAAGAGCGUUCCUACCAACCUUGGCAAUUGGCGCUUAUGCUGAUGGUUCUCAUCCCGGCGUACUAUAUCUGGGAUAACGCGAAUUCACAGAAGAAUCGUUUCCGCAUGAAGCGUAACGGAGUUCCGGAGCACAUCCUUCGACGCAAGGCUUUUCCGCAACUGCCUUGGGGAUAUAUUGAAAAUCCCCGUACCUUAAAAAGCGAACGCGGUGAACUUUUUGUGGACGGGUGGUAUCGCUAUGGCCGCAAACUACAUUAUAGCACGGAUCUUAUUAUGGCCUUUUUGUGGGGUGCGUCAUGCGGCUUUGACUCCUUUAUUCCGUUCUUCUACUUGUGCUUCUUCACCUGUCAUCUCGUGGACCGCGAGCGCCGUGAUGACUAUCGUUGCCGCAGGAAGUACGGUGAGCUUUGGGAACGCUAUCUGCAGGUGGUCCCCUACAAGUUGAUUCCGGGUAUUUAUUAG